AUGUCUUCACGUUGGGGUAGUACUCCACAGUGUCCACGUUGCAAGAAACCAGUGUAUAUGGCCGAACAGGUAAUCGGCCCUACUGGACCUUGGCACAGAACCUGUCUUACUUGCAUUGAUUGUAAGAAACGCUUGGAUUCGUAUGCUCUUGCAGAACAUGAUGGAGAGGCAUAUUGUAAGACCUGUCAUGGUCGCCGUUUCGGACCAAAAGGUUAUGGAUUUGCAUCUGGCACGUCUUUUCUGAGUACGGAUAAACCAGUUUCAAGACUUAAUGGUAAUUCAAAAGAUGACACGAAUUCGGAUAAACUUUCACAAUCGCCACCAAAUUCAGCAACAAAACCUUCGUCAGAACCUUAUGGAAUGUUUAGUACUAAAUCUCCAUCUUCAAAAAGUCCUAAACGAAGUUGGACUUUUCCUACUAAUAACGAUAAAUGUCCACGUUGUUCAAAAGCUGUUUACGCAGCAGAAGCGGUUAUGGGAGCUGGAAUAAAAUAUCACAAAUUGUGUCUACGUUGCGAGAGUUGUAGUAAAUUUUUAAAUUCUACUAACAUGACAGACCGUGAAGGAAAACUUUACUGUACUUCUUGUUAUUCUAGAGAAUUUGGACCAAAGAAGGGACAGCCAGAUGAUUUGAACAAUUGUUCUUACGACUUAUAA